ACGACAGUUCGCGUCGGAAGUCGGCCAGGAUGCCGGCGUACAUAGGAACAGCAGCGUGGCUGCUCAAAGCAGGGCUCGGGCGUGGGGUGACGGCUUUUUCCGUAAUUCCGUGGCUCUCCGUCGGCCGGACACGUCCCUUCCUAACGGGCGCAUGGUGCUUACCUUCAGUCAGCCUAGUACCGGCAAAAACAGCGACGCCCAGGCCGUCUGCUUUGGUGAACUCCUCGACCAUCCGUAUGAACAUGACAGCUUCGUCAGCCGUCCUGUCUGAAGACAUGACCCAGAGGCUGGUGUGGGUCGAUCUGGAGAUGACAGGCUUGGACAUUGAAAAGGACAAAAUCAUCGAAAUGGCCUGCAUCAUUACCGACUCGGACCUGAACGUUUUGGCUGAGGGUCCCAAUUUAAUCAUCAGCCAGUCAGACGAACUCCUGGACAGCAUGUCUGACUGGUGUAAGGAGCACCACGGGAAGUCGGGAUUGACGCAGGCUGUGAGGGACAGUAAGAUAUCUCUGCAGCAGGCGGAGUACGAGUUCCUGUCCUUCAUCCGGCAGCACACCCCACCUGGCCACUGUCCACUAGCAGGAAACUCUGUACAUGCUGAUAAGAAGUUCCUAGAUAAAUACAUGCCCCAGUUCAUGCACCACCUGCACUAUCGCAUCAUCGACGUGAGCACCAUCAAGGAGCUGUGCAGACGCUGGUUUCCCUUUGAGUACAAGCUGACUCCUCAGAAAAAAGCCUCACACAGAGCCUUAGACGAUAUCCGGGAAAGCAUUAAAGAGCUGCAGUAUUACAAGGCCAACGUUUUCAAGACGGAAACCGAGGAAAAGAAACGUAAAAUCGUGGAAAAUGGCGAGAACGACAAGAGCGUGAGCUAGGCCGUAGCCUUUCGUGCCGAGCACCCCGAAAAAUUGACAGGCCUGAUAGAUGAAGGAAACCUAACUGUACGAUGUUCGCACAGCGUUGGAAAUGGCGCCGUCCCCUGGGAUGUCCCGUACGUUUUUUUUUUUUUUCUUCCCCAUGCAUUCCAGUUCACCCCCAUCCUUGUUCUUCGGUUCCUCACGUCGGCGAGGCGGAAUCCCGCUUGCUCCGGAGGCCCCCCCCCCCCCCCCGGAUCGCAUUCCGUUUCCUUUCCAUUGGCUCAGAAUGAACGAAAAUAACUUCCGAAGCGCGUCUGCAUGAUUGGUUAUCAGCGUUUCUCUCCACAGGAUGGGUUAUUACUUUUCUUUCGCAUUUCUAGGAGGGGGAGAAAAGCAAAUAAAUGUUAGUUAAAAAUUUCAAGCUA